AUGAGCUCUUUGGAUUUCCCAAAUGGCGCCGCUACGCUCGGAUCCCUCUUCGAUCUGGACGAAGCAGGACCGCGCAGCCCAUUGCUAAAGGCCCGGAAGCUAGAGCUUUUCGUGUCGAGAAGCCCAUCGCCGGACCCGACACAAGUCAGUGACUCCUUACAUACAAGCCCCGGGCAGAGCACAUCUAAUCGUCGGCGCAAGGUCAAACCGUCCCGCGGCGAUGCUGUGCUGAUACAGUACAUGGGCAACUACCGGAACAAUGACAUUGGUAACGCGGCUAGUGAGCAGCCUUUGUCGGAUAGCUCGGAAGAUGAGGUGGACGAGGACAAUGAGGAUAGUGGUGCCGAACAGGAGAUUGGCGACGGCGAUGAAGACGAAGAACAAGAGCUGGAAGAAGAUGCCCGCAUGAGCGACGAAUCCGACAAGGGCGACGAUGCAGCACAGAAGACCCGGAAGAUAGAGCCGACAUUAAUACGCGAGCGGUUGAUGGGCCCGGUGGAUAUCAAGAAAGAGCCCCGUUUCAAGCACGACAGGCCCGACCUGGACGGGCCUGCUUUGACGGCGUCCCCACAAGCCUUGACGGGGAAUGGCGUUCCUGGAAGCUACAGCAUGCAGGCCGUGGCUACAGCUACACUAGCCCUGACUGCACGCCAGUUGAUAGCCAGGCCAGACCCAGACGCAAUGAAUAAUGAGGACGAGAUGGUCAUAGACGAGCCUUGUGCCAUUGCGGCCCCGACAGCUCGGCCCGAACUGAAAGAUAUGGCCCUGGGUGCGCUGAGUCUCGAAGACAACAAGAAACCGGGUAGCAUUGAAGAACGUUCGCCCGUCAGCGACACGGACACUCCCGGCUGCCACUUUUUGGAUGGUGGCAACCACCCGUAUGCUCGCGAGUAUCCCGAGACAAACACCCAGCUGCGGACGCCAGCGUCGACAGGAACGCCCCAAGAUACUACCAGCAUGGCAGCGGUACGGGGUGAUCGGCCGGUGGUCAACAAGGGCCCGCUGCCGUGGGCGACGCCAUCUUCCAUCAGCUCCCCUAACGAGCAUCCUUCUGCAUAUCCACAUGCGUCUCCCGGAUUCACAACGCCCAGACUGCCCAACCAUCUGCCUCCCAUCCAACAGCAGUGCGAGUACAAAUACACCGACGCGAAGAACAACAUAAAGCCGCUCAGUCCUACCAACAUCAACAGCAUUAGCGACAAUGCCACGGUCCUUCCGCCUUUUCGCGACCUACACCUACCCGGACCGGACUCGGCUUCCGACGACCACCGGAUCGGUGCUACUCCUCUGUCCGACUCUCUCGGGCGCCUACCAAGUCUGUCGUCAAUGGUUUACAGUCGUUCUCCCCCGAUCUCGCCCAUCUCCACAUUCCGUCGCAACAGUGACCUGACUUCGCCGAAAAACAACACUACGGGCAGCGGCGGCGGCUCGUUUUAUGCCCCUGCAUACACCACUGGCAGACCACCAGGAGCGGAUUAUGACCGACGAAACUCGGCCAUAUACAGGACGGGCUCGGUGAGGCCGGCACCCAGCCAAGCACAUCCGGUCUUGGCUCCGGCCAUGGCAGCACCAUCAGGGGUGACGGCAGCGCUGACGCUAGCACCAGUCCCAGCAUCAGCAUCAUCAUCAGUACCAGCACAAGCAGCGAGGCAGGUAGCUAUACAAGGCAAAGAUGCCCCGGGCACCUCGGAAGGCGACAAGAUGCCCAUCGAUGUGCAAACGACAACACAUGUGGCACAAGGAAACUUUCGGUGCAGGGAGCCGGGCUGCUUAGCGCCGCCCUUUCAGACGCAGUACCUGCUCAACUCCCACGCAAACGUGCACUCGUCGGCGCGACCGCAUUACUGCCCUGUGAAUGGGUGCCCACGCAACCGACCAGGCUAUGGGUUCAAGCGCAAAAAUGAGAUGAUUCGCCACGGACUGGUGCACGACUCACCUGGCUACAUCUGCCCAUUCUGUCCGGAUCGAGAGCACAAAUACCCACGUCCGGACAACUUGCAGAGACAUGUUCGAGCACACCACCAAGAAAAGCCCAAGGAUGACCCGCAACUGAGAGAUGUCCUGGCACAGCGACCAGAUGGCGCGCCUCAGAGACGACGGCGGCGCCUUGCCUGA